AUGUCUGAGGACCAGAUUUCCCUUCCCUACUUCGUGGUUAUUCUGGUCAUUUUUGGAUUCAUCAUCCGCUACCUCUUUUUCAAUAAUGGCAACACGGCCGCGCGACCAGGACGGUCGCAGGAAGCACUCGCAAGGUCAAGAGAAGUAGCUGUGGAGAGAAUACAGCAGAUGUUUCCCCAAACAGACCGACGAAGUAUUCUAUGGGACCUACAACGCAACGGCGGCAGCAUCCAGGUCACAACUGAGAGAAUCCUAGCUGGACGACUUGACACACCCCCAGUCACCUUCCAACCCCCUCCCCCGCCAAACCAAGCGCCGACUAGCUCGAAUGCCGGGCAAUCGUCCACGAGGCAGGCUGCGAAGCCGGCUCAGCCUGAUUUGAUCACCCGAUACAACCUCACCAACAAGAUCGACGGAACCUCGGAGAAGGAGGAAAAUGAUAAGAAAGGAAAGGGAUGGAGCUCAAAUCGGGAUGAAAGACAGGCAUCGCUUCAGCGACGGAGGGAGGAAAUGAUCCUGGCCGCGAGGAGGAAGAUGGAAGCCAAGAUCGCGGCUGAGAAGUCGACGACCUCUGCCAAGGACGAGUGA